AGACUUCGAUGUCGAGUUCGAAAAUUCCACGCUAGAGCUGAGUUGACCACGUGAAGUGAUAGAAGAACGUAGCGUCUGCUUCAGCAAAGAAAGACGCAUUGACAUUUGCAAACUCAGUUUGUUCAAGUUAAAGCGAAUUACAAAAAAUGGUGAGCAACAAAAAAUCCAGAGGAAGGAAGAAGUUUCAAUAUCAUGUGGACAAAAAGAAGGUUGCAAAGAAGGCUAAAAAAGUUCCAAACAUCAAUUGUAAAGCAAUUAAAAAUAGUUGGAGAGGUGAUAAAUCUGCAAGUACAAAUCUAAGAUCAAUGGGUCUAGUGUACGAUGCAAACAGAUCAUUACCUGUCAGCUCAAAGACGCCAUUGGAACGUGUACCCAGAGAGCCUACAGCUGUCGUAAAAGAACUUGAACAGGAAAUGAAUGCCCCCAGAACGGGAACCAUGAGGAUGCCAAAAGAAAAGGUCAAGUGGAUCGAGUAUCUUCUUGGAAAGCACGGGGAAGACUAUGAGGCCAUGGCCAUGGACAAAAACAACCAUUAUCAAGAAACUGCAGCCCAGAUAAGACAGAAAAUCAAACAAUUCAAGAAAAGGCCUGCUUACUUGGUCAAAUUCAUGAAAGCGUGUGGAAAACUACCACCUUCCCAAGAAGCUGUGAAGGAGUGAUUUUUGAACAUUUGUUUAAUAAACUGUGGACUUUCUUUA